AUUCUCAUAUUUGGCGUUGUUGCAAACUCAUGUUAAAAACCCUGCUUCGUGGCAUCGAAAGAAAGCGAAGAUUUUUCUUUCUUACUCACUCUCUUUGUAUUCCAAUCGUCAUCCCCGCACUAUGCAAUCCCAAAUGCUUCUUGAUUCCACCGUCCAUAAGUGAUUUGUGGUGAAGCCUAGGUUUCUGGCUGAUUUUGUGGAAUCUGGUGAAAUUUUGGAUUUUGGGAGGUUUGGGUUGAUGAGUAGGGUGGGUGAAUUGGAUUGAACUAAUUGGUUGAAGUUUGGUGCAAGUGAGUUGAGAUGAGUGUGGUGGGGUUUGACAUUGGUAAUGAGAACUGUGUCAUUGCUGUAGUUAGGCAACGUGGGGUUGAUGUUUUGUUGAACUAUGAAUCCAAACGCGAAACUCCUGCUGUGGUCUGCUUUGGCGAGAAACAGCGGCUUUUGGGGUCUGCUGGAGCUGCCUCUGCUAUGAUGCACAUCAAGUCCACAAUAUCUCAAAUAAAGAGACUGAUAGGGAGGACAUUUGCGGAUCCUGAUGUGGAAAAAGAGCUGAAAAUGCUCCCUGUUAAAACUUCUGAGGGCUCAGAUGGUGGCAUUUUGAUUCACUUGAAAUACUUGGGGGAGACUCAUGUAUUUACACCCGUUCAAAUAAUGUCCAUGCUCUUUGCUCACUUGAAGACUAUGACUGAAAAGGAUUUGGAGAUGCCCAUUUCGGAUUGCGUUAUUGGGAUCCCUUCGUACUUUACUGACUUGCAGCGACGGGCAUAUCUAGAUGCAGCAAAAAUUGCUGGGUUGAAGCCUUUGAGAUUGAUCCAUGAUUGCACUGCAACUGCCCUUAGUUAUGGAAUGUAUAAAACAGAUUUUGGCAGUGCAAGUCCAGUUUAUGUUGCAUUUAUCGACAUUGGUCACUGUGAUACUCAGGUCUCCAUUGCAUCAUUUGAGUUUGGGAAAAUGAAGAUACUUUCGCAUGCAUUUGACAGGAGCUUAGGGGGGAGGGACUUUGAUGAGGUUCUAUUUAGUCAUUUUGCAGCAAAGUUCAAGGAAGAGUAUCACAUUGAUGUGUACUCUAAUGCCAAGGCAUGCAUUAGGCUACAUGCAGCAUGUGAGAAAUUGAAGAAAGUUUUGAGCGCAAAUCUAGAGGCACCUCUAAAUAUUGAAUGCUUGAUGGAUGAGAAAGAUGUUAAAGGCUUUAUCACUAGAGAAGAAUAUGAGAAGCUGGCAUCAGGAUUAUUGGAGAGAGUUUCCAUUCCAUGCAACAGAGCAUUAACUGAUGCAAACUUGACAGCAGAGAAAAUUUCUUCAGUGGAGCUAGUAGGUUCAUGUUCUAGGAUUCCAGCUAUACGUACAUUACUAACUACUCUAUUCAAGAGAGAACCCAGCCGACAGCUGAAUGCAAGUGAGUGUGUAGCUCGUGGUUGUGCUCUACAAUGUGCAAUGCUCAGUCCCGUUUACCGUGUUAGAGAAUAUGAUGUCCAGGAUACUCUUCCCUUUUCCAUUGGACUUUCAAUAGAUGGAUGCCCAAUCGCUGCUGGAUCAAAAGGUGUACUUUUCCCAAGAGGCCAACCUUUUCCAAGUGUUAAAGUCAUAACCUUUCAGCGAAGUAGUUUGUUUCAUUUGGAAGCUUUCUAUGCUAAUCCAGAUGAACUUCCACCUGGGACAUCUCCCAAAAUUAGUUGUGUCACGAUUGGUCCUUUCCAUGGCUCCCAUGGUAGUGAGACCAGAAUUAAAGUUAAAGUUCCACUUAAUCUGCAUGGCAUUGUCAGUAUUGAAUCAGCCACAUUGAUCAAGGAUGACAUAGAUGAUUCAGUUAUGGAGGUGGAUUCUCAUUCAAAUUCUGAUCCAAUGGAUGUUGAUCCCAUUUCUGAGACAGAAGCUAAUGGCUUUGAAGAUAAUACCAACAAGAAGUUUGAAUCUCCAUGUAGUUCUGCUGAUGGUACAAGAAAAGAUAAGGCUAACAGAAGGCUUGAUGUGCCAGUGAAUGAGGAUAUCUAUGGUGGAAUGACAAAGGCAGAGAUCUCAGAAGCUCAUGAAAAAGAACUCCAGUUGGCUCAACAGGACAGAAUUGUAGAGCAAACCAAAGAAAAGAAGAAUACCUUGGAGUCUUAUGUAUAUGAUAUGAGGAGUAAGCUCUUCAACACAUAUCGGAACUUUGCAAGUGAGAAAGAGAGGGAUGACAUAUCUAGGAGCCUUCAAGAGACUGAGGAAUGGCUUUAUGAGGAUGGUGUUGAUGAAACUGAACAUGCUUAUUCUUCAAAACUAGAAGAUCUGAAAAAGCUGGUAGAUCCAAUUGUGAAUAGGUACAAAGACGAAAAAGAAAGAGAGCAAGCUAUAGAAGAUUUAUCAAAGUGCAUUUUAAAGCACGUGUCUGCAGAUUCCCUUACACCCAAGGAUAAAGAACUGAUCAAGAAUGAGUGCAAUAAAGUGGAGCAAUGGAUGAGAGAGAAGAUCCAGCAACAAGAAUCUUUUCCUAAGAAUGCUGACCCAAUAUUAUGGUCAAGUGAUAUUAAGAGCAAGACAGAGGAGUUAAACUUAAUAUGCCAACAGAUAAUGGAAGACAAAGACAAGCCGGAUACUUCCAAUGAUCUAUGAUACCCCAUGAACUGAAGACCCAAGUUUUUAUCACUGAUACCUUCUGACAAAUAUAGAAAAAAAAAGUCCUUGCAUUUUUGUUUUUCAGCGUUUUGUAUUUGGACAAUUUAUCUAAUAUUUUCUGAUAUGAUAUAGUUCUUCAAAUGAAUCAAUUAGAUUCUGCUUGAGGGGAGAAAACGUGUGAAGUGUUAGUCGCCCUUGUUUUCUGUUUUGUGCUCAAAGAAAUUCUUACAAAAUUGAUUGGUUAACCUCAAAUAAUGUUGGUGUCUGCUGUGAAGCUUUUAGAAUAUAAAAUAGUGUGUUACGCGGCUUUAUGAUAUUGGAUGAAAUUAAUAUUAUUAUUAUUUGGCUGGUUAAAUUUUACUAUGCCUAAAGUCUCAA